AUGAAAUACAUCGCCUCCGCCCUCGCCUUCGCAACCGCCGUCGCAGCCCACGGCUACGUCAACAAUGCCACCAUCGGCGGCAAAGAAUACAUCUUCUACCAACCCUACCAGGACCCGUACAUGACGGACGUGAAGCGCAUCUCGCGCCCGAUCCAAGGCAACGGCCCGGUUGAGGACGUAGCCAUCUCCGAUAUCCAAUGCGGCGGCUACGCAGCCGGCGGCAUCAACGGCUCCAAGCCCGCUGCUCUCCACGCCGAAGCCGCCGCGGGUUCAGACGUCGAGCUCUACUGGACGCUCUGGCCUGAGAGCCACAUGGGUCCUACCAUCACCUACAUGGCCAAGUGCCCCGAUGCCGGAUGCAACGACUGGAUGCCUGAGUCAGCUGCAGUCUGGUUCAAAGUCCAAGAAGACGGCCGCCAAGGCACAUCCGACGUCUGGGGCUCCGACGCCCUCCAAGUCCCCGGCGGCUCCGUCACAUACACCAUCCCCAAGUGCAUCGCCCCAGGCUACUACCUCGUGCGCCACGAAAUUGUUGCGCUGCACGCUGCGUACCAGUACCCUGGUGCGCAGUUCUAUCCUGGGUGCCAUCAGCUCAAGGUAACUGGAGGUGGAUCCACGAAGCCGAGUGGGCUUGUUGGGUUCCCUGGUGCGUACAAGGGCAGCGAUGCGGGUAUCACUUAUGAUGCUUACAAGGCGGCUACUUAUACUGUUCCUGGACCUAAGAAGUUUACUUGUUAG